CCGAAGAAUCGCACGAAGAAAGGUCAAUAAAUGGCGACGCAGAAGCUGAUGUGGUGGUGUUCAUAUUUAAUUGCUGUGGGUUUGUUUAGCUGCGGCGUCCAAAUCGCGGUCGCAAAACUUGAAUGACGUGGAUUUGCAGCGAUUCGCGCAUUGAUUUCGGUCUCGAUUGACCACUUCGACUUCAACUCCAUUUUACCACAAGGCCACGUCUGCGAUUGUGCUGCACCCAUACACCUCCUACUACACUCGCAUCUUGCGUCAGGUGGCAUAGCGACGGCUGAUUAACCUUGAUUCCAGCAGAGCGACACCACCAUGGACCCCGAUAUACCAGCGCCCUCGAUUGAGCGCGACACCCUCCCCGAUGCCACCUCCCCCUUUGCGAACGUUAGCAACAAUGAGACCAGGAGUGACAGUGCUACUACGACUGCCAGUGCCACUGCGCUCAAUUCUUCUUCUGCCUAUCCUGCACGAUCCAGUCCUUCGGUUGCUGCCUCCAUUCCACUGCCUCCAUCUUCGCCCAUGCGCACUCCUAAACAAACACCCCUCCCUGGCGCAACAAAAUCCUACUCGCCUAAGCCGCCUUCAAGAUCACCCUCUGUCACAAGUUCACACCGCGGCGAAAGACAAACCACUCCUAGACAAAGCACCCCUACAUUGAUCAGCCGAAGGUCUACACCCAGUCUCAACGUUUCAAAAGGCGGGACACCACAGCAGCCACAAUUCAGACGUGCUUCUUCAAACCUCAACCCUUCAUCUCCAGCCCCAAAUGGCAAGAUGGCACCUCCGCUGAUUUCAGAACGUCCAGUAGUGACGGCCAGUUCGGUUGCCAAAGAGUAUUUUCAGGUGGAACUCGAAGCGCAUUCCACUAUGUCCUCGCCGGUUGCCGUCAUAGUCCACGAUUCAUGCUAUGGACAUCGCUUUUCGCGUCCUCGUGCCACCAAAAACGCCUUGGCCACAAUUGUCGAACGACCAGAGCGAAUCCAUGCGACUGUUCUUGGAGCAUCAGCCGCAUAUGUGCGCUUGGGCGAGCGACAUGCCGACGGUCGAUACGCUCCUCGUCCUAAGCACCAUGCCACUGACGUGCGGGAUGUGCCCUUCCAGAUUCGAAAGACAUGUCGCAAAAUUCCGCUUACCCACCCAUCGGUUGCUUUUGUGCACGGCUCGAAAUGGAUGGAAGAGUUGCAGAUCAUGUGUGAUACCGCUGAGGGCAAGUUGGCGCUGAAUGGGAAAGAAUUGGUGAGGCCGAUCGGCUAUGGAAAGGACGAAGCCGGAAAUGCUCUACCCAAACUGCAUGAAGGCGAUUUGUAUCUGUGCGCCGAAUCUUUGGCUGCCUUUCAAGGUUGUCUGGGCGGAGUUUGCGACGCUAUCGACACGGUCUUUUCACCCUCUGUCACAAACCGCGCAUUUGUCUGCAUCCGCCCUCCAGGCCACCACUGCUCGUCCAACUACCCUUCGGGGUUUUGCUGGCUCAACAAUGUCCACGUGGGUAUUGCUUACGCUGCCAUGAAUCAUGGUUUGACGCAUGCCGCCAUAAUUGAUUUUGACUUGCACCACGGUGACGGCUCUCAAAACAUCGCGUGGGACCAGAAUCGCAAAGCGCACACUGCGGCUAAGAAUGCUGCACAAUACAAGAAGACUCCCAUCGGCUACUACAGCCUGCACGACAUCAACUCAUACCCUUGUGAAUGGGGUGACGAGGAAAAGGUCCGCAACGCAAGCCUGUGUAUUGAGAAUGCCCAUGGCCAGUCCAUCUGGAAUGUCCACCUGGAACCCUGGAAGACGCCGGACGAGUUCUGGAGAUUGUACGCGAGCAAGUACACGGUCUUGCUGGACAAGGCCAGGACGUUUUUACGGAAUCACACCGCAAGAUGGCGUGCCUCGGGACAUGUUCAGCCAAAAGCUGCAAUCUUUAUUUCUGCAGGAUUUGAUGCCAGCGAGUGGGAGGGCGCCGGCAUGCAGAGACAUAGUGUCAAUGUACCCACCGAUUUUUACGCCCGUUUUACUGCCGACAUUGUCAAGCUGUCUCACGAAGAGGGCCUGGGAGUAGAUGGCCGCGUGAUUAGUGUCCUGGAAGGAGGCUACAGUGAUCGCGCCCUGACUUCGGGUGUUUUCAGCCAUAUCUGCGGACUGGCUGGAGACACCAUAGGCCAGGAUGCAGAAACGUCUCCGACAGGCAAUGUAAGCACGAUCAACAAUUGGACUCUCCAAGCCAUCCCGACGCCGCGCACUGGAGGGAAGGUUUCUUAUACUCCGGAAUGGUGGGCGAGGUGGAGUUUGGAGGAACUAGAGGCGGUUGUUGCUGGAUACCAACCGCAGGGCACCAAAUCCGCGAAAGACAAGAGCGCGAAUUACUCAUCCCCUACUCAGGCAUCCACCCUCAAGAUGACGGAGCAGGCACGGGAGAAACAAUCGCUUGCUUCUCUUCAUGCUAGACUGUCCCUAGAAUCCCAGUACGAGCCGCCUCCGCCUGAUGUGGACUGGGCCACCGCAGCUUAUGAACUGUCGCGGGUUGUCAUCCCCGCCGACCGACAAACCCUGAGUUGUACCCACGAAGAGCUGAAUGCAGAGGCUACAAAAGCCCGUCGAGAACGAGUGUCCAAUCAUGCUGCCAGUGCAGCGCCGGUGGCAUCGGAGGAGCGAAUGCAACUGAGAGAUCGCAAACCUAGAGCACCACCAACAAGCACGAGCCUCGCGGCCGGGAGGACGACCUCACGCAAUGGCAACGGCAACCGGCGGACCACUAUUGCAGCUGUCAGCGAUCUGCCCGACCCCACGAUGCAGCAGCAACCUGAACUUCCAAAUGGUAGGCCACGGCGAAGAUCGAGUGAUGCUUCGAGCAUCUUGUCUAGUUUUCGGGGUAUGAAGAUCUCGGAGGACGGUCCGGAAGGUGGCUUUGCGAAUCCGCCGUCAAGAGCGCCUUCGGCUGUUCCAGAAAAGGCUGCAAAAGCAGUGGCAGUCAAGAAGACUAGAACCGCACCGACCACAAAGGGCGCGGCCAAGCCGAAGUCAAGUCCACGCAAGCCAAAGGGUACUACUGCACCAGUCGCAACUACGGCUUUGGCAGAGGCAGGGCUUCCUCUCAAUUCCGUGCAGUCAAAGCCCUACACUGCGAAAGCAACCCCUACUGCCUCUCAGACUGGGAGCACCGGAGGGGGCUCUAAGUCUGAUGAUAUGGAGAGCUUGUCAAAUGGCUUAAAGAAGAUCAGUAUCAAGUUGAAAUUACCAACUCCAGAGGAACAUGCUGCCAGACAACAACAACAACAGCAGAAAGCUGCUGCUCUUGAAGAGAAACAAAAGAAACCGCGCGCUCCCAGAAAGCCACUGCUUCCAAAGAUUUCGAAACAAAUCAAGACAAGCAGCCCGGCUCGAGAUACGAAUACUGACGAGAACGUCCCAUUGCGGCAGCAGGUGGAGAAUAAGUCGUUAGCCGGGACAAAUGAAUCUGUUUUGCCUGUGAAAUCCGAGCAGGUCCACCAGAAUCAGGAGGCGAGGUUUCCGUUGAAUGGGAAUAUCGCGAACAUGAACAACUUGAAGGAGCAAGUCUCCAGUUCCGCUUCGACAAACCAGGCAACAUCCGGUUGGCGGCAAGACGCGACAGGCCCAGCUUCUGUCGAUCCUACUUUCAUACCUGAUCAAGUCCCUGCAGAGUCCGCGCAGACGAGGGUACCAGAGUCUCUUUCGAAUCCUUCUGUCAUCACUUCUCCGGUCGUGGAGCAGCCUUCCGCUCAGCAGCAGCAGGGGCAGUGGCAAACACUACCACCACAAAGCGGUACACAGCCGAACUUGAGCGUAUUCGGGCAGACUUCAUAUGGACCGGUUCCGGUACCGAAUCCGAAUCCGAAUCCAUCGGCCAAUAAUGUACAGGGAGGCACCAAGCAGGAUUUGCCUGUGUUUACGUCUCAAUCGGCUAUUCCUUUUGCGCCGGCACCAGCUCCUCCUCCUGGUUCUCACUGGAAUGCGAGCACAGACGAAGUCCAACCUGACCAGGGCAAUAAUGGUGCAAAUUCGUGACUGUUGAUCUAGGAUGUUUCCAUCAGACUGCAGCGGCCCUUGUGGAUUGUUGUUCAGGGUUUGCGCAGCAAGACUCUCCACAGCUGGCGGCGAUCCUGGGCAGAUAUGCCGUGCGCGCGUGUGGUAUGGACACCGGUGUCCUGCAGUGAUAUUCUUGUCAGGGUCGCAGUGGGUCAAAGGGGUCGGAAGGAUGGAUGUUGGGUUUCUUUUCUGCCUUUCCCUUCCAUCCUCCGGUCACGAUUGUUGCUGCUUGCCAAACAGAGGUUCAGAACUGCAGAGCUGCUACGCUGCUGCAAUCUUGUUUUCGACUCCCUUGUCUUUUCCUUUUCUUUUUUUUUUCUGUUGUGUGCAGAGGGAGGUAUUUGGGUUGUCAGAGUGUGUGUCUCUGUGUGUGCUGUAUGAUUGAAGUUGAAAUGGAAAGAUGAUACCCCACAUAGUAGGUUGGUUUGAGGAUUGGUCGGCAGACAAGGUCACGGCGGGAUGUGGGUUUUGGGGAAAGGGGGAUUGUAUCCGGAGAGGGGAGUUGGAAAAUGAGACUCUGCUAGACAGUCACGAAUUUGAAUGGCUCAUGGUCGAUGUUACUAGUAAUCGCAAAGAUUUCCAAUGUCUACUGUUAGUAGUGUAUUAUCAAAUUAGUAGGGUUACCUAGGUAGAAGGACUUGAUCAGUUUCAAGGAAGGAUGCAAUACACGAAAGGAAUGAUCGGCUAGUAUGAGUAUUCGGUUAGUGUAGAGGAAAGUAGAGAAGAGUAGAUGAUAUUCUUUCUGAUGCCUCAUCAGUAUGAGCGCAACUACUGUAUUUCC